CAUAAUGUGUCCGCCAUGUUGCAUCAAAAAGAAGAAGCAACAUGUCGGAAAUAGUUUUUACUGAUAAAGCAUAUUGUAAAAUAGUGUUACAUGCAGCGAAGUAUCCUUAUUGCGCUAUAAAUGGCAUUUUGCUUGCAAAAUCGUCUUCUAAAAGCGAACCUUUACAAUUCGAAGAUGCAAUUCCCCUAUUCCAUGGUACUCUUAACCUCACUCCUAUGGCUGAAAUUGCUUUAACACAAAUUGAUCAGGUCGCUUCAAACUUUGGUUUAGUUAUUGGCGGUUACUAUGUGGCACAUGAGAAUUUAAAAGAGAACUCAUUUGAAAAGGCUUACAAUCGUUUAACUGAUAAAAUUGCAGAGAAUUUCCCCAACUCAUGUUUAGUUGUGGUUGAUAAUCGUAAAUUAGGUAAUCAGUUGGAUAAUGUAGCACUUAGGGUGGCUCAGUUUUCGGACAAUAGGUACAGACCAGUGGACAUUCAGCGUAUUACAUUGACACCAUCUCAUACUUUAGAUCUGUGUACCACUCUUUUAGAAAAACAAAUCCACAAGUCACUUGUCGAUUUUGAUAAUCAUCUAGAUAACAUUUCCCAGGAUUGGACCAAUGUCCAUAUCAAUAAAGAAAUUAAUGCUUUAAUUUAACUUUAACUAAUUGGUGGUAGCUUCCUUGAAUAGUAUUGGAAAAAAAUAUGAUGCAUUUGAUAUACUUUUAUUUAUCAGGUAGUUAUUAUCAGUUAAGUGAGUUUGAUUUACCCUAAAUUAAAACAACAUUCAUGUUUUUCCUGUGUUACCCUAGUAGUUAAUUCUUAGUUGCAAGAAAGAUAAUUUAGUGUAAAAAUAUCAAAUUUAAUCUAGCAUAGGGUAAAUCACUACACUUAUCUGUCAGCACUUUUUUUGUAAAUUGUUAUUAAUUUAAAUUAUAAACAAUGUUACUUGCAUGAAAUGAUAGAACCAUUUUGUUGUUGUCUUUAUUAUUUGUUUAUACAUUUCUAUUUAUCAAACAAAAUUAACACUUCUAUUAAUGAGGUAACAAAUGUAACCCAAUAAGGUCACUUUUAAUAAUAAUUAUAUACAAGUAACAAAGGUACCAAUUACCUUUUCACAAUUGUAUCGUGUAGAAUUUAUUUUUUACACACUUUAUUUUGGAUCAGUUAACGUGUAGAUCUUGUAUUAUUUAUAUAUAUA